AAAUGUACAUUUCUCUCUGCCAUUAGCAUUGAAUACCACCGCCACCCAAGUGAAGGCGCACUCUAGAGCUUGUCAUUCGCAGCCGAGCAGUGACCGAUUUGGAUUCGCCAACGUUGGCACAGUUGAGAAAAUUUCUGAAAUUAAUCUAAAAGUUUAAUAAAUUAUUGUGAGAAAAUAUCGUGUUUCAACGACAUCAAACGGCAUCAUCAAUAAAAAAGUGUUAAUUAAAAUGUCUGAUUUCAAUUUGAAAAGUAUAGAAGAGUGUCUGGAGAAACACAUACCAGAGAAUGAGUUGAAAGAGGUGAAGCGCAUUUUGUAUGGCGUCUCUGAAGACGAUGUCCUGGAUCUGCCUGCGGCCACCAUCUCUCUGGCCACGGAUAAUGACUUUGAAAUUAAAGGUUAUCGCAUCUCCGCACAGAAAGAGCAUAUACGCAAACCACGUGUAGUGCGUGUGGGUGCAAUACAAAACUCCAUUGUACUACCCACCACUGCCCCAGUGGACAAACAACGCGAAGCUAUUUGGAAUAAGAUACGCACCAUAAUCAAAGCAGCUGCAGCGGCAGAAGUUAAUAUUAUUUGUAUGCAAGAAGCAUGGACAAUGCCCUUUGCAUUUUGCACGCGUGAAAAGUUUCCCUGGUGUGAAUUCGCCGAAGAGGCAGAAAAAGGUCCGACAACCCAAAUGUUGCAAGAGUUAGCUAAAGCCUACAAUAUGGUUAUUAUUUCGUCAAUACUGGAACGCGACACGACACAUGGCGACACCAUUUGGAAUACAUCUGUGGUGAUAUCAAAUCGUGGCCGUUAUAUGGGCAAACAUCGUAAGAAUCACAUUCCACGCGUUGGCGACUUCAACGAGUCCACCUAUUACAUGGAGGGUAAUACAGGUCACCCAGUAUUCGAAACAGAUUUUGGCAAAAUAGCUAUAAAUAUCUGUUAUGGACGUCAUCAUCCGCAAAACUGGAUGAUGUUCGGCUUGAAUGGCGCCGAAAUCGUAUUCAAUCCAUCGGCCACAGUGGGCGCACUCAGUGAACCACUUUGGGGUAUUGAAGCGCGUAAUGCGGCGAUUGCAAAUAGUUACUUCACAGUCGCAAUAAACCGUGUAGGUAGCGAGGAGUUCCCUAACGAGUAUACAUCGGGUGAUGGACAGAAGGCGCAUAAAAUAUUCGGUCCCUUUUACGGCUCAUCAUAUGUGGCUGCGCCAAAUGGUGCACGUACACCAGGUUUAUCACGCAAUCGAGAUGGUCUGCUUAUCACCGAAUUAGAUUUGAAUUUAUGUCGACAAGUGAAAGACUUUUGGAAUUUUCCUAUGACGCAGCGUUUACCAUUAUAUGCGGAGUCUUUCAAGCGUGCCUCCCAAUUGGACUUUGAACCACAAGUCAUUAAAGAGUAGAGCACGUACUUAAAGUUUAAGUAAAUCAUUUGGUGUUUCUUAUGAAGAAAUUUGAAUUUAUUAAUUUUAUUUACAAUUUUUUUAUUCAUUCAGACAAAAAUUAUAUUUCCAAUUAAAUAUAUCCAUGUAUGUAUGUAUACAUA